UUCAUGAUCCUUUGCAAAAAUUAUAAAAAAUGUGAGUACUCAACAGAGAGGUCGUUUUCAGGUAUAGAUGAAUAGAUGUAUUGCGUGGAUAAUAGUUUCUAUUUCAUUAUCAGGUACUAGAGACCAAUAUAUACAGGGUGAUUAGAAAAAAUGACGAUACUUUCAGAAGCUACGUCCAAAAUAAGUACUAUAAGUUUCUAUAAAGUGAUAGCGGGGGUGGUAGGUGCACAGAAGCCCCAGUAUGACAUUUGGGGCAACACAGUGAAUGUCGCCUCACGAAUGGACUCAUGUGGAGUUCUAGGAAGGAUACAGGCUACUGACGUCACCGCUACGGUGCUAAUGAAUGCGGGGUACCAAUGUGAAUGCAGAGGACCUACUUAUGUCAAAGGAAAAGGCACGCUAACUACGUACUUUGUCAAGACACAGUUUGACAAUAGAUACUAA